AUGGCAUCCACUCAAACGCCGAAGCGCCGAGUCCACCUCUGGAACACCCUCGAGCGCCACAUGGUCUUUAUAGAACUCACAGAGUAUGAGCAGACGAGCGCAGAGUGCGCUCGCUUGUUCAACUACCACUUUGCCGCCAACUUCGCUGUCCCACCAGAUGCAGAGCGCAUUCGCGACGAAUACGCCACGCGAAAUGGAGGAGGCCGGUCCAAGAUGUGGGAGCGGGAAAUUGAGAGGACCACAUACACUGCGCAGCAAGGGGCGGAACGUGCGCAGGCGCGACAAAUGAUACAAGUCGCGGCGCAGGCAUUGGGUAUCACACUCAAUCCGCGCGCAGGUACUGCCUCUGCUGGUGCUGGCGCUGAGUCUCGUGCUGCCCAAACGCACGCCAACGCCAACCCAACCAACGCCGCCGAUGACGAUAGCGACGACUCCAGCAUCCUCUCCUCACCUCCUGCCUCGCCACUGGCACCGCUCUCUCCAACUGUGCAGGGAUCGUCAGGCGCUGCCGACACGACUGCCAGCCCAAGCGGAUCAAAGCAGAAGCGAGACGAGGAUUCCGACGACUCAAGCGUCCUGUCCUCUCCGCCAGCAUCACCAAUCGCAGGGCCCCUUCCAGCUUCGCAGGUAUCCUCAGGUGCCGCCAGCAACUCUGCUGGCCCAAGUUCGUCCAAGCGAAAGCGCGAAGAUGAAGAAGAGAGUGAAGCAGUCAAGGAGGGCCAGACCGAGCCUUCCGACUCAGACGCGGACGAGGAGGAACCCGAGCACGCACAGGUCCCCACGAGUCCCUCUGGGCAUGUCCAAGUUCCUCCACCACCAAGUACCACUCCGGCGCAGGAAGGCCCCAAGAAGAACAAGACAUCCUCGACGAACGGACGCCCAGCAAAGAAGAGACGGGCCACGCGGCAGACGACUCGCGAAGACGACGAGGCCCGCAACGCCCGGCCAGGAUUUCCUGAGAAGUACUUGUUCAUGGCCCGCCACCAAUUCGAGCCGAACUCUCGCCUUCUGGCUCUCUUGGACAAGAAGUGGGAGCAGGAGCAGUCUGCGCAGGCACAGCAAGCGUCUGCCAAGGAGGCAGAGCAAGCGCCUGCUGAAGUACAGCAACCACCUGUGCAGCCAGACGCUCAGGUGGCUGCUAUUCUUCGCCAAGCUGCUGCCCAAGCUGCCCGAAUCGCCAAAGCUCGAGCGUUUGGUGAUCAGAUCCUGGCUCGCACGGUGGUUCCGAGUGAGUGA